AUGGAGAUGUGGGGUUAUCUGGAGGAGCAUGUUCUUCCUAAAAAUGAAGAUCCCCUUAUGUGGAGGAAAAGUGGACUCCAGCCUGACCAAAGACAGGGUCAGGCGGGCUCGUGUAUGCGGGUCUUUUCCACCAUCCCAUUCUCCUCCUGUAACAUGGGGACCUGUUCCCACGCCAGCCGCAACGACAAAUCCUAUUGGCUGUCGACAACGGCCGCAGUUCCUAGCAUACCUGUGGGUGGAGCUUCAAUCGAAGACCACAUCAGCCGCUGUGUGAUGUGUGAAGCCCCCUCCUCACCUGUCGCCCUGCACAGCCAGACCUCCACCCUACCAGACUGCCCCCCCGGGUGGAGGAGCCUGUGGACCGGGUACUCCUUCCUUAUGCACACCGGAGCAGGCGAUGAGGGCGGCGGCCAGUCGCUCACGUCGUCAGGAAGCUGCCUGACGGACUUCCGAGCCCAGCCGUUCGUGGAGUGUCAGGGUCCUCGGGGAACCUGCCACUACUUCGCUAACAUCUACAGCUUCUGGCUGACCCGGGUGGAUGGUUUGGCCUCGACGUCCCACGGCUCCUCCACGUCCUCCAACACGCUGACCGAAGGCCGGCUGCAGCGCCUCAACGUCGGACGCUGCAACGUCUGCAUGAAGGAGUGACCUUCACCUGGAGGACUUCCAUGUCAGUCUACCAACCAAUCAGCUCCGUCAACGUUUAAACCGACGCGUGGAAUGAGGCGUGUGACACUGUUAAAUACAAUAGUUUUCAGGUACAUGUACUUAUCUUAAACUCCUGAGACCAACAAAAGUACAUGUUACAUUUAAUAAUUGUCGUGAUU